AUGCUGCCAUUUAUAUGGACAAAUCAAAACCAAAGGAAGUUAAAAAAAGUGGAAUGUUGGAUUAAAAGUAUUGAAUCAGGCAAACCUUUUGAGUGAAACGUGUUACGAUGGGAUGGCAUGUCAAUACAAAGAUUCAAAGAAUGGUACAGCGGAAGAAACUCAAUUUGUUCUUUCUUAUAACCAUGUUCAUCUUGACUGUUUUUGUAACUUCACACUACAACACCGUUCAGAGGAUUCACCCACCUGUCAAACAUCCAAUAGGUGGAAAAGUGCAAACUCCUAAAGGAGAGAAAAACUUGCCGAACAGAACGCCAAUACAUGUACAUCGGCCUGGACCAAUGAGAAUGGUUCAGGAAGUCGACUGUCAGCAAAUCAUUGAAGGUAACGAAGACUACAUAGCGCAUGCGUCUGAAAUCAUGAACAACACUAUAUUUUCAUUUCUAAACGACAGUCAAAUUGAGAAAAUUGCUCUAAACUGUGACAAGUUUUUGAAUACCUUUGACUAUAGUCGAUUCAUAGUGUCACAAAUUGAACUAGAUUUUCCCAUUGCAUAUUCCAUAAUAACAUACAAAGAUGUUGUUCAGACUGAAAAACUUCUCAGGGCUAUAUACCGGCCUCACAAUGUUUACUGCAUACACGUGGAUCGUAGUUCCGGUCUUUCAUUGCAUAACGCCAUUAAAGCUAUUUCAAAAUGUCUGUCUAAUGUUUUCGUUGCAUCGACGCUGGAUGAUGUCAUCUAUCAGGGUUAUUCUCGACUGAAAGCAGACCUCAACUGUAUGACUGAUCUUUUGAACUAUUCAGAUGUAAAGUGGAAAUAUCUCAUCAAUUUACCUGCUCAAGAAUAUCCAUUAAAAACUAAUUCAGAAAUUGUGAAAGUGUUACAGAUAUUAAACGGGACAAUCAGCAUUGAAAGCUAUUAUGACAAAGCAUCACACUACCGAACCAACCAGACAUACAAAGAGAACUACAAAACAUCCAAGUUAGAACCCACGGGAAAAAUCAAAGCUCCACCCCCUCAUAACGUAACGGUAGCCAAAGGAAGUGCAUACGGUACAUUUAGCAGAAGUUUUGUGGAGUUUGCCUUGAGGAAUCCCAAAGCAAGGGACAUCUUAAAAUGGACAGAGGAUACUUUGAGCCCAGAUGAAACUUUCUGGGCAACUCUUGCUUUCAACAAAGAACUGGGUGCCCCAGGCAUUCAAUACUCUGCUUCAGGGGUUCCGAACCGGAAGUCAUGGAUAACUGUUGGUGUGAUGUGGCAAUCCAAGGGACCAGCAAGGGAGGUCUGUCAUGGGAUGUACGUCCGAAAUAUAUGUGUUUUCGGAUUGGGAGACUUAAAUAAAAUAGUACAAGAAAAAACCCUUUUUAUCAACAAAUUUUAUCACUAUUAUCAACCUUUUGCCUUGAUGUGUAUGGAAGAGUGGUAUUUCAACAAGACGUUCACAACUGUACCUUUUGAAAAUUAUUUUUAUAAAGGUUUGAUAAAAUUUUAAUAUUGUUAAAAGUAUAUGAAGCCCAAAGUUCAAAUGUAUUUCAUUUUUAAUAUGAUAGAAGAAUAUAAAGUACUGAAUUACUUAUAGAAUUCAUUCAUCAAAAGUCAAAUAAAAUUUAUCUGGAAACGAAUAAUCAAGACUUUUAAUUUUCUAUAAUUAAAAACUUUUUUAAAAAAUUAUGUAGUUAUGCAAAAACAAACAUUACAACAAUUUCCCCUCUCAACUAAAACCUUGAGGGCUCUAGUAUCAGUUCACACAGACACUUCC